UCCACCGCUGUUCCGCGUGUGCCCACAAGAUGGCGGUGUAGCUGCUCUUCUAAGAAGCGCUUCCGGGUUGGAGUACGUCCGGGUGUAUCUAUGCUGAUGGUCUGGGCGGUAUCGGGUGCUUUCGGGGAGAGAGAGAGAGAGAGAGAGAUAGAGCAGGGAACGUGCCAGCACGUACCAGCACCAUGCCGAAGUGUAUUGUCAUACACUGUCCCCACUCAUGUUCCAAGAAGGUAACCAAAAACACAGGGGUGGUUAUGCACACGUUCCCUUUUAACUUGGACAGAAUCAAGAACUGGCUCCUGAGCAUUGACCAGAAUUUUGGGAACAUAGACACACUCGCUAAUCGGAUUCUAGAGGAGAAGAAGAAGCAUUCGGACCUGUAUCGCUUGUGUUCGGAACACUUUACUCCACAAUGUUACAUCAGCACCGGGAAAAGGAUGAGCCUCAGACCAGACGCAAUUCCGACAAUAUUCAAAGACCGACCUCCGAACAAAGAGAAAAAGCCAAGUAUUAAUCCCCAAAAUCCAAUAACGAACGUAAAACCCAAUUUAAAUUCCAACCAGGAUAAAUACGUGGAUGUUGGCACCAAUACUGAGACUGUUGUUAUGAAAGAUAUCAGCACCCGCACCGACAUCUACCAUUGUGUGAAACACCGUGGCACCCGCACAGACCCAUUUUGGGGCAAGAAAAAUGUCAAAACGAAGACCGAUCCCCUUUUUGGGAUGAAAAAUGCCAGUACAAGCAUGGAGCCCGCCGCUGGCGAAAGAGGGACAGACACACAUCGACUUGAAUGUGACAAUAGUUUUUCAAAACCAGGAAAGCGCAAGCGAAUGGACACAGAAAAUCUGGAUGCAGUGCCUUGUCAUUCCAUGAUCUCAGAGGGAGCACCUUCGAGGCGCAAAUCCAGAAGCAAUAAAAACCCACAUUGCAUCCUGCUGAGAAGCAAAGAGCUGGAAAGCGUCACAUCCGACAGCAGCGCUAAUUCUGACAACGAUUCUGCUGGAAAUGUGGACGAAUUGAUGGCGGAUCAGGCGGAUGUUCUCGUUCACGAAUCCAAGUACAUUGUGUUUGAGUCGUGCCUCGAUGAACUGCUGCUGAAAAUGAACUGUAGUUGUGGCCGUGCCAUUGCAGAGCUCAUCAAAAGCGUGCAGGGGACCUUUUUGUCCGUUUCGGGGCGAUGCGAGGUCGGCCACGUGGGGCAUUUGUGGGACAGCCAGCCGAAAAACGGAGGUACCCCCGCUGGAAACAUCUUGUGCUCUGCCGCUGUUUUUUUCAGCGGCAGUCGUUUCCAACAAGUGGACGAACUGUUCCGCUUCAUGGGGCUGCAGUUCAUCGCCCAAUACGCUUACUACCAGUAUGAGAAGCGUUUUCUCUUUCCUGUUCUCAACAGCCAUUGGCAGAAUGAGCGCCGGGUGGUGGCAGCAAGUUUACCAAGCAGAUCUGUUUGCCUGAGUGGCGACGGGCAGUUCAGCAGACCGGGCAACAAGUACUGCACCUACACUUUAUUGGAAACGGCCAGCAAAAAAAUCAUUGACUUCAGCGUCGUAAAGAGAACAGAAAAAUGGUCACUGGACGCCAUAAAAAAACGCGCUUUUGAGACUUGUCUGAACAACGUGUUGGCAGAGAAACUGACAGUGGAGACGGUGGCCACGGAGCGGCACGAUGGGAUACGAUGGUUAAUGUCCGAGGAGUUUUCCCCUGUUUACCAUGAGUACGACGUGUGGCACUACGGCAGAGCCAUACGGAGAAAACUCCUCGCGGCCAGUAAGAAACGAAGCUGCCGGGAUAUCGCCACUUGGACGCCAGCCAUUAUUAAGCACCUGUGGCAUGUGUGCAAGUGCAGUGCUGGGGACUGUGACUUACUCCAAGAGAAGUGGAGGUCCAUCCUGCGCCACAUCAGGAAUGAGCAUCAAUGGACUAACGGACUCGUGCUCCAUAACUGCGGCCACAGGAGACUUUCCUCGGCAGAGGCCAAGCAGCGCCGCUGGCUGAAAGUGGACUCCCGGGCAUAUCAACAACUGAAAAAAAUCAUCACCGACCCCUUAGUUCUGGGGGACCUGACCCACCUCAGUUCUGUUAGCCACACUGAUCAGGUUGAGGUCUUCCACAGUUUCAUGUUGAAGUAUCAGCCAAAGAGAGCCCAUGUUAGUCAGGACGCAAUGGAGGCUAGUACCCAAUUAGCAGCGCUUGCCCACAAUGCCAACGUCCACCGCCAUCAGUCCAUGAGCAGAAACCUGGGCGCAAACAGAGAACUUAGUUCUACUUUGCCCAAAGCUAGAAAACCUUGGACUGCCAGGAGGAUAUACGAUCCGAAGUCCUCGGCACAUUUGUUUCCCAUGUUGGUUGACAUUCUGAAACUGGCCAAUGGGGAGCUGGGCCACAGCUGGCGGCUGCAUGAAACGCAGCAAAAUAGUUGAAGCUCAUCCUCCUAUCAUUAUAUAUAAGGAUGUAGAGACAUUCCUCUUUGUUGUCGUGUUCCCUGGCCCUUGCCCCCCCCCCUGUAGACAGGACCAAGAUGAGACCCAGAUGUUGGGGCCCUCACCAUGGAGAAUUCAGGGACACUCACUACUAAGGAGCACCCUUGAGGGUGAAUUGGGUCCAGGUUGAAAUCUAGAAUAAAAAGGGUCUCCUAGUUUUAAAAUGUCACCUUCCCCUAGACCCUCUCUGUUCCGUUACUGUAUCAGUAAUGAGUGGUAGAAACAAUUGGAUGUUAGGAGCCAAUCACACAAAGAAUGAUAGGAUGCUGUCAGGUCCACUUAGCUGUUAUGUGGCUGUCACCCUAAGGGGCUGAGAGAUACUGACCCAAUAUCUACCCUUUAAAAAAAAAAUUACGAUGACCAGGGAGGGCUGAGAGCUGUAGUUCAACAACUGCUCAAGGUUGGCCAGUAAGCUUGCCUUUAUAUAACCCCGCCCCUUACUGCCCCACCCACCAACACUACUUUGCAGAGGGUUCGCUUUCAUUGUCUAUCCCCUGAGCUUUUAUAUGGUGACACCCUUCUCUUUCGCCUGCCCCCCCCCCCCCCGCUUGCCUUUAUUUUCUUAUUCCUUAAUUAUCCAUUUUUUAAUUUUGUUUCAGUAUUGUACUGUACUCCAGCCCCAACAAGGGGCCCACCUUUCUGGCCUGGGACCCAAAUUAGACCUCUUCUCCCAUUAA